UAGUAUUUAUGACCUUACAGAUUAGAGAACAAGCUCUAUUAAAUGACAAUCAUUCUGUGGUGGGGUGUAGUUCUCUUUUGCAAGAAAAAGAAUAUCUAAGUCCUCUGCUCUCUGAGAAGAAAACAACAAAAACAUCAGGAAAAAUGUCUUGCACAAUCAUUCUGUUGCACAAUUGAAGAUAGUGUUUCCUUAGAAGAAAGAUCUUCACAUACAGUUUGUGAAUUUGAUCUCAAAAAAGAGGAGUGGGAAGAGAAUUAUGAUGAAGUACCAGAGAAAGCUGAGUUCAUAGAAGAAGCAGACAAGGAAAAUCAGACAAACUUUGGCAUCUCAUAUCUCAGUGUUGGCUGCAUGGAUUUGGUUGAAAUUUUGAAUGUGAGAACACGUUUAUCCAAGUUAAAAGUGAUGAACUUGAUGGUACACAACAACAUGAGAUUAUUUCCGAGUGUAGUGACAGCAAUGAUGAUGAUGAUGAUGAUCACCUAGAUAUUUCAAAAGAUGUUGUUUUGAGUGUGACAAAAGGAAAAGAAUUUCAAAAUGAUUUUCAACAAAUUGGCUCUGAGUUAGAAAGUUUACCUGAUACAAAGACAUAUGAGAAAAACGUGGGUGGACAUCAUCUAAAAGAACACCAGAGGAUGCAUAGUGUGGAGGAAAAACAUACUUGUGUGGUAUGUGGUAAAAUAUUUAUAGGUGAAAGUAACCUCAGAAGUCAUGAGAAGAUGCACGCUGGGAAAAAAUCAUACAGUUGUACAGUAUGUAGUAACGAUUUUGUAAGUAAACAUAACCUAAAAAUUCAUGAGAAGAUACACACUGGAGAGAAACUAUACAGUUGUGAAGUAUGUGGUAAAGAACUGGUAAGUAAGGUUGGUCUAAAUAUUCAUGAGAAGAUACACACUGGGGAGAAACCAUACAGCUGUGUUGUAUGUGGUAAGCAAUUUGCUAGUAAAAGUAACCUAAAGAGUCAUGAGAUGAUACAUACAGGGGAGAGACCUUACAGUUGUGUAGUGUGUGGUAAAGAAUUUGUAAGUAAAGGUAACUUGAAGAGUCAUGAGAAGGUACACACUGGUGAGAAACCAUACAGUUGUGUAGUGUGUGGUAAAGAAAUUACAAGUAAAGAUGGUUUAAAAAUCCAUGAGAAGAUACACACUGGGGAGAAACCAUUCUGUUGUGUAGUAUGUGGUAAAGAAUUUGCAAGCAAAAGUAAUCUAAAGAGUCAUGAGAAGAUACACACUGGUGAGAAACCAUACAGUUGUGUAUUAUGUGGGAAAGAAUUUGCUAGUAAAGGAAGCUUAAAAAGUCAUGAGAAGAUACACACUGGUGAAAAGCCAUACAGUUGUGUUGUGUGUGGUAAAGAAUUUGUAAGCAAAAGUAAUCUAAAGAGUCAUGAGAAGAUACACACUGGGGAGAAACCAUACAGUUGUGUAUUAUGUGGGAAAGAAUUUACAAGUAAUAGUUACCGAAAGUGUCAUGAGAAGUUGCACAAUGGGGAGAAACCAUACAGUUGUGUUAUAUGUGGCAAAAGAUUUGUAUGUAAAAAUUACAUAAAGAUUCAUGAGAAGUUACACACUGGAGAGAAACCAUACAGUUGUGUAGUAUGUGGAGAACAAUUUGUCAGUAACAGUUACCUGAAAAUACAUGAGAAGAUGCACACUAGGGAGAAACCAUACAAUUGUGUUGUUUGUGGAAAACAGUUUGUCAGUAAAAGUUACAUAAAGGUUCAUGAGAAAAUGCACACUGGAGAGAAACAAUACAGUUGUGUGGUAUGUGGAAAACAAUUUCGAACAAAAAGUAAACUUGAAAUACAUGAGAGGAUACACACAGGGGAGAAACCAUACAGUUGUGUAGUAUGUUGCAAAGAAUUUAUAAGUAAAAGUAACUUAAAGAGUCAUGAGCAGAUACAUACUGGGGAGAAGCCUUAUAACUGUAUUGUGUGUGGAAAACAAUUUCGAACAAAAAGUAAACUAGAAAUACACCAGAAGAUACACACUGGGGAGAAACCUUACAGUUGUAUAGUAUGUUGCAAAGAAUUUAUUAGUAAAAGUAACCUAAAGAGUCAUGAGCAGAUACAUACUGGAGAGAAGCCAUUUAGUUGUGUUGUGUGUGGAAAACAGUUUCGAACAAAGAGUAAACUAGAAAUACACAAGAGAAUACACAAUGGAGAAAAACCAUUCAAUCAUGUAAUAUAUGAUAAAUAAUGUUGAAGAACUGUUCUAUAAAGUUACCUGAGAAUACACACUGUGAAGAAGCCAUAUUAAUGUGGAAUAUAUGGAAUAGAACUUAAAUAAAUUUUGAUAUAAAAGUAUAGCAAAGAUCAUACACAGGUGAGAAACCAUACACUAAUGUGAUGUGUAGCAAGAUUUGUAAGUAAAAGUCCUAUUAAAAGGACAAAUUAGUGGGAAGAUUUUCUAAAGCUGUGUUGAACUAAAAUAUUUUAUUGAAUAUUUUCCCAAUUAGCAUUUGUGAAUAUAGUAUUAGUAACAUGCACAAAGCAACCUGUCUAAAUAGUAAUAUAACUGAUGUAAUAUACUGGUCUAAGUGUAUACAAUAUCUAAAAACAGAAUUCAUCAUUGA